CAUGGAGGAGCUCACCCUGCCGCCCCCUGGCGCACCCCUCGCCGUCGUCUUCCUUUAUGUUGCCCAUCUCGCCGCCGUUAGAGUCCCUCCUUCUAUUCUGCGUGCCUCUUCUCUGCUUCAGAGCCGGCUUCUACUUUAUCUUGGAUGCUCAUCCGUGAAACUGCUGAAAUCAGUCUGUCCCUGGGGUCCAUGAACCGGGGGGAAACAGACACUCCUUCUCACUCACUCUUCACCUUCCCUUCUUCACUUUGUCAGGGUCUUCCAGCCUUGACUUACAACUUGCCACCAUGGCCUCGACAAACACCACACUACCCCCCAACAGAUUUGCGCAGUUCGGCUUCACAACAACCCCUGACGAGCGUAUUGGGCCCGGCGCCCCUUACACGUCUCCGUCCCUCCAAGUCAACCUCUUCUUCAGGGUCUUCCUCGGCCUCGUCUCCCUCUUUGUCACCUGGGUCCCCGCUCGCCUCCUCUGGCGGAAUGGAGAGUUUGCCGGUACCGUCAUCUGCGUCAUGCUCCUCGUCCUCAACCUUAUCACCGUCAUCAACGCCCUGAUAUGGCGCGAUGACAACGUUCAGACGUGGUGGGCAGGCCAGGGCUGGUGUGAUAUCAUGACUUACACCUUCUUCGCUAUGCAUACGGCCUUCAACAUCUGCAUGUUCGAAAUCAUGCGUGGUCUGGCCUCCAAGGUCGCCCUCAACCGUGCCGACAAGCCGACGCGCAGCGAGAGGCGCCGGCAGCGCAUCGUCUCGGCACUGGUGAUAUUUACCGUCCCCGUCAUCCAGGUCAUCCUCACCUACUUCACCACCUUCGGCCGAUAUAACGUCUCGACCCUGGUUGGGUGCAGUGCCGUCUACUACCCCAACUGGAUCUACCUGGUCUUCUACAUUCUCCCCACCCCGGUGUUUGCUGUUGGCGCAGCUUACAUGGCAGGCCUCACCUUCUACCGCUAUCGGAAAAUCGAAAAGGUCACUAGAGAGGUCGCCCGGUCCAAGGACGGCAUAGCCGCGGCCAGGCAAGACCGGGUCAGGAAGAAGCUCUAUUUCAUGACUCUGGUCUGCAUCAUCGUGGUGCUGCCGCUCGUCAUGGUCCUACUAUUCUUGAACAUCAUCCAAGGCGCCCCCUGGAAUCUGCCUUACGAUUUCGACGCCCUCCACUUCGGCCCAGACCCCUUCAACGUCUACUUUAUCUCCUUCACCACAACGGAUAUGAUGCACUUUUCCACCCUCAACAUUGCCUUUAUUGGCGAGCUCGCCGGCAUUGCCGUUUUCAUCCCCUUCGGCACCACCCCUAAGGCCUUGAACAUGUACCGCGGACUUCUUCUGGCCGUCGGCCUGGGUUACGUCUUCCCCAAACUGAAGGAGGAGUACGUGCCCCGUGCGAAACGCGGCGGUUCCUCGUUCAGCUGGGGUUCACUAGCUGGCCAACUGCGAGGCAUGAGCAUGCUCGGGACAAGCUCAUCAUCCACCCACAAGGACACUCUCCUCCCCACUGCUGAGCAAGUCUCAAUAGCUAGCCGCGCCGACAGGGCACGCUCGUCCUCUCUGACUCGAAACCAGCCCGAGGACCUCACCAUGAGCGGCGGCAUCGACUCGCUUUCAUACCCCGAAAAAACAGUGUCGUCCUCCACUGCCGAUCAUAACCCUUGGCCCGACCUCUCCGUUACCGAGAUCGACAUGGCCACGGCGCAAAUAGAAGCCGGCCCGCCUCCUCCGGCUCGAAACCCUUAUAAUAAUAUCCUUCCCACCCCGUUUGCCAAACCACACCCGAGGCUUCCCUCUCUCCCCGCCCUACACACCCACAAAAGGGAGCAGCAGCAACAUGAAUCAUCGAGGACGGCGACCUUCCUCACGCUCCUCCCAACCCCCAGCCCAUCCCGAGGAAACCAAACCUCACCACUAACAACAACAUCACCAACACCGACACCAACCAAAACGCCAACCAAAGCACCAACCCCAACACCAACCCCCAAAUCAACCCACCACCCCCACCCUCACAACCACCACCAAACCUCUCCCUGGACAACAACAACACCCCCAACCACCACCACCAUCACACCAACCCCUCCCCACCCCAUCCCCCACACCGGCACCACCACCCACCCGCACAUCGGCGUCGCCACCCACGUCUGGGCCGACGACACCCCCGAGACCAACGCGCACUGGAAAGCCCGCCUGCGCGAGCGCGAGGGUAUGGGCAUUCCUACCGCUACCACUACCACCACCACCAACUCCACCGCCAUGCCCGCCCCCGUGGAGCAGGGGGUGGUGCGCGUGGAGACGCAUAUUGCGCGGCGGUCGGUGGAGGUGGACUUGGAGCGGGCGAGGGAGGAGUGGGACGCUGAGGGGGGUUAUGAGAUGGGGAUGGGGGGGAGGCGGGUUUCGAAUGCUGCGAGCUAGGCGCUUGGGGUUGAGAGAGCUUUGGGUUUGGGUUUGGGGUUUGGCGGGGGUGGUGAUGGGAGGGUGAGGGGUGAGAGGGGGGUUUGAGGUUGGGAUGUGGUUCUGUCUUGGUUGGGAUGUUGGUAUUUUGGAGUCGUUUUGGCAUUCUAUUCGACAGUUCUUUUCGGCGGUGGUGCUUGGUUUAUGGGAGGUUGGAAGGGAGAGAGAAGGAUGUGUAAUGCAGGGAAGGACAAGUACUAAGUAUUCUUUCGUUUUUUUCUUAUUUCUUUCCGUGUCAAGCUUACGCAAGAUUGGACUGAGCGAGAAGCUCUCGGUGUUGGUUGGCGGAUAUACCCAGAUUGCAAGACAAAUUUGACGGUGCCGCCUCUGCGGUACACACACCACUCUCGUCCGAUCCCAUCUACAUGUCAAGCAUCAUCGAACCAACGUACUCAUGUCACAUAAACACAGUGGCGGUUUGCGUGGGGAAGCC